AUGUCACGGCUGUUGAAGCACUACGGCUCGUGCAAGACGGCCUUCUUCUGCUGCGACAUCCAAGAGAAGUUUAUGGGGCGUGUGGCAAACUCCGCCAACUGUGUUUUCGUUGCCAACCGCUUUGCUGGACUCCACACUGCCUUGGGCACUGCACACAGCGUGUACGUUGUGACGGAGCAGUACCCGAAGGGUCUCGGAGCGACGUCCGCAGACAUUCGGCUCCCUCCUGACGCGCACGUCUUCUCCAAGAAACGGUUCGCAAUGCUGGUGCCGGAAGUGAUGCCACUUGUCGACCUGCCGGAGGUGGAGCAGGUCGUGUUGUGGGGCUUCGAGACGCACGUGUGUGUGCUGCAGACUGCCGCGGCGCUCCUGGACAUGAAGAAGAAAGUCGUCAUCGCGGUGGACGGCUGCGGCAGCCAGUCGCAGGGCGAUCAUUGCACCGCCAUUCAGUUGAUGCAGUCGUGGUCAGGCGAUGGGUGCUACGUGUCCACGUCGGAGUCGAUCCUGAUGCAGCUCCUGAAGGACGCUUCGGAUCCGGUAUUUAAGACCGUCGCGCCUCUCAUGAAGCAGACGCACCCGAUCCGCAUCUGA